ACAUAAGCUUUUCACAAUUCCGAUUUCUCUCUACGUAAAAAAGGGAGAUUUCGUGAAUUAAAGUUGGUACAAAAAAAUAAAAAUAAAAAUGACAAAAUUUUACUCUAUUUAGCAAAUAUUUUUUUCUGUCCAUUUAACCGUAUAGAUAUAUCACGUCAGAAAUCCUAGAAUUUGUUCGCGCUCUCUUGCACCUUCUUAGAUUAUCGCGACAGUUUGGCCCCUUCAUAUUGAGCCGCGGUUUCUAGGGUUUUAGAUUUAGGUCCUUAAUCCCUUUUUCUGCAAUUUGCGGUGGCAUUAAUAUUUUGGAUUUUUGUUAAAGAAAAUAUUUUGAUUUUUGUUAGUUUCGCAGGCAAGAAUAUUAUCUGAGUUUUGUGUUUAAGUAGAGGAAAUUAAGAUGGAUGGAUUUGGAGGUGGGGGCGGUAUUGAAGAGUCCUCAAAUCCUCAGAAUCUUAAACUGUUUGGUACAAAUGCUACAGGAGAUGCGAAAUUUGAUGCGUCACAGUAUGCAUUCUUCGAUAACGAUGUAGUCGAGGAAGUCGAGCUAGGGGGAUUAGAAGAUGAAGAGGGUGAUCUCCCUCCGGCUGGACUUGAUGAUGAAGAGUUCCUUUUGGACAGAGAAGAGGGUGAAGCACUGGAUUCUUUGUCUGAAAUUGAUGAUCUAGCAUGCACAUUUUCACAGUUGAACAGAGGUGUUAGUGAGCCUGUUGGAGAUCAGAGAUCCAGAGGAAGUUCAUCUGCUGAGUGGGCGCAAGAGUCAGACUUUCCUAGGUGGUUUGAUCAGAGUGCCUUUGAUGCUGAAAGUGCUCGGGACAGUAAAGGAUUGUCAUCACAGCUAUAUUCCUCCCCUGCACAGCUUGUAGAAUCCAAGUCUUUAUACAGAGCUUCUUCAUACCCCGAAUCGCCACAGCAACACUCACAUCAAAACCAAGAGCAAAAGCUACGUCAGCACUACUCCAGCGAACGAAUUCUUAUUCCAAAAUCACCAUUCACUUCAUAUCCUCCACCUGGAGGAAGAUCCCAGCAAGCUUCACCAACCAUCUCAUCUAUCCACCCUAAUGUUCCAUAUGGCCCUGGUGGAUAUCAAUUGCCAAUUUCUUCUCUCAAACUUUCUCCUUUUGAUAACGUGCAGAUUCUUUCGAAUGCCUUAUCUAAUGGGUCCCAAUUUGGUGCAAAUUUUCCUCAGUCAACCCAAGGGAUCCUGGUUAAUAAUCAGCUUCAGAACCAAUUGCUGAACCCAAGUAGUUUACAUCCUGGAGAUCGUUCUAGCUUGCCGCACAAGCUGUUGCAACAACAGUUACCCCAUCCGCAUGGGUUAAUGCCUCCACAACCACCUUUGCAGCAGAACAGAAUGCAGCACCCAUUUCAGCCAUCCUAUGGCCAUUUAUCAGGGUUGCAGUCUCAACAUUUUAAUACCCUACAUCCUCCAUCACCACCCAUGAUGAACAACUACGACAUGCUUGGGUUGGCUGAAUUUAGAGAUCAGAGAACUAAGUCAAUGGUGAAAAAUAGGCAAGGGUUUAAUUAUCCUCAUCAUGGUUCUGAUUUUGGCAACCAGAGGAGUGAUCAUGGGUGGCCAAAGUUCAAAUCCAAAUAUAUGUCAACUGAUGAAAUUGAAAACAUUCUCAGGAUGCAGCUUGCUGCUACUCACAGUAAUGAUCCUUAUGUUGAUGACUACUACUAUCAAGCUUGUCUGGCAAAGAAAUCUGCUGGUGCAAAGUUGAAACAUCAUUUCUGCCCGACAAUUUUGAAGGAUAGUUCUUCCAGAGCUCAUGCUAACGAUGAGCCACACGCUUUUCUUCAGGUUGAUGCUCUUGGGAGGAUUUCUUUCUCUUCAAUACACAGGCCACGCCCACUUCUUGAAGUUGACUGUCCAAAUACAUCUGGCAGUGCUAGUGCUGAACAACAAGCAGUUGAAAAGCCUUUGGAUCAGGAGCCAAUGCUUGUAGCUAGGGUAACUAUUGAGGAUUGCAUUUGCUGCCUCCUUGAAGUUGACGAUAUUGACCGAUUCCUACAGUUUAAUCAGCUACAAGAUGGUGGGUCCCAGUUGAGACAUCGGAGACAGGUUCUGCUUGAAGGUUUAGCAUCAUCACUACAGCUUGUAGACCAUCUUGGCAAAAAUGGCCACACAGUGGAUUUGGCUCCUGAAGAUGAUCUGGUGUUCUUAAGGUUAAUUUCCCUUCCUAAGGGCCGGAAACUAAUAUCACGGUACCUUCAACUUCUUUCUCCUGGUGGUGAACUUGCUCGAGUAGUCUGCAUGACCAUCUUCCGUCAUUUGAGAUUCUUGUUUGGUGGACUUCCUUCUGAUCCUGGUGCCUCCGAAACAACAGUAGAACUCACUAGGACUGUGUCAUCUUGUGUUCGAGGUAUGGAGCUUAAAGCUCUUGCUGCAUGCCUUGCAUCAGUGGUUUGUUCAGCAGAGCAUCCGCCUCUACGUCCAGUUGGAAGUGCAGCUGGAGAUGGAGCUUCUGUUUUACUUAAAUCUGUUCUUGAGAGGGCAACUCAGCUUCUGAUGGAUCCUAAUGCUUCUGGCAGCUGCAGUAUGACUAACAGGAUGUUUUGGCAGGCCUCUUUUGAUGCAUUCUUUGGCCUUCUCACAAAGCACUGCUUUAAUAAAUAUGACUUUGUUAUGCAAUCUUUCCUCACACAGGCCUCCCCAGCUGUUAUUGGGUCUGAUGCAGCCACAGCAAUCAGUAAAGAAAUGCCUGUUGAACUCUUAAGUGCGAGUCUUCCCCACACAAGUGAGCAGCAAAAGAAACUGCUCUUGGAAUUUGCACAGCGGUCCAUGCCCAUGCUGGGUCUUAGUAGCCAGGGUGGAGAAAGUGGUGGCUCGUGAUUGUCUACUAUGGUCUUAUUGACAUGGAUUCACAAAAUAGAUUUGCCUUGGCAACUAUUUAGGGUGUCAGUAUUCUUGUCAUGCUGACAUUGGUGCUUUAUUGGAAGAUGUUUGUCAGCGCGUGAAUGAAGCCUGAUUACAUGAAAGAUACCGGUUUUUGCUAUAAAAGUAAAACUAAUCCUCUUAAGACACAUUGACUGUGUAUGUUUGUUAAAGUGUAAUUGUGUGUGUUUCACUUUCUUUGACGGGAGCUUAUUUUAAUGCUCUGUUGUGCAAUACUGGUAGGAGACUGUAGAGAGUACAAACGUACUGUUACAGAAAGCUUUCUGUUUCCCAUGUAGGCUUUUAUAUUUCGAUGGGGCUGGGAAGGAGUUUUUGUUUAAAUGCAUCGGAUGGACAUUGGGUUUUUAUUUUUC